GAGAUGCCUUUUAGGGGUGGCGGUCAAAAAGGACGUGGCAGAGGCUCUGUGAAGCGAAAAGGCCCUGGCUUCACCGCAGCUCGUGUCGACGAAGUAGAGUAUGCUGAAGGGUUAGACGAUGAUGUGCUCUCCGAUAGCGACGAAAGCGAUCAACAGUCCGGACAGCCGUACAAUGAAUUGCUUCAAUUGCUGCAAGCGAAAACGGACAGCAAAGGCCCGGCGCGCAAGAAGCGGAAAACAAGCCAUCAAAAUAAAGAGGGUACCGAGGAGGCUGAAAAUGUUGCUGAAAUGACCGCGGUUGAAGAAGGCGAGGAAACCCUGGACGCCGAGCUGCAGCAGCAGGAACCGGACGAAGAAGGUGACUUGGAAGACGGCGAUGUGGAUGCACAAGAAGACAGUGACGACGAGGAGAGUGGAAAUGAACCUUUCGAGUCGCACUUCUCUAGCCCAGAUGAGAGCGAACUGUCUCAGAAGAUCAAGGCUGCAUCAGAGAAUAAGUGGAAAAAUGCAAAGAAGGAGCUUCCUGGGGGAUUGAAAAUCUGGCGUGCAAUUCCAGACUGCGGGCAAGAUGACGUGCCUUUGCUCGCAGCGAUGAAAAGCAUGUCAAGUGUGAAGGUCAAGAGGAAGCUCAAGUCAGCUGUGACCGAACGUAUUCCAAGCCUCAGCGGAAAUGUCCAACAGGUAUCUCCCUACAUCUUCGACUACCAGGAUGUCUUAUACGGCGCUCGAACAACGUCAGAAUCUGCCGACAUGAGAGACAUGCUAGCGGUGCACGCUACGAACCAUGUACUCAAGACGCGGGAUCGUGUGCUCAAGAACAAUGCUCGUGUGGCGAAGGAACAAGAUGGCGACCUCGAACUACGCGAUCAAGGCUUCACCAGGCCGAAAGUUCUGUACCUCCUGCCGACGAGGCAGGCCUGUGUUCGGGUAGUCGAAUCUAUUACGCGGUUCUUCCAGCCAGAACAGCAAGAGAACAAGAAACGGUUCAUUGACGCCUUUUCUGCAUCAGAUGACCCGUCCUGGGAGGAUAAACCGCAGGAUUUCCGUGAGCUUUUUGGCGGGAACGAUGACGAUAUGUUCCGAAUCGGUCUCAAGUUUACACGGAAGACGCUCAAGUUCUUUACUCAAUUCUAUACCUCGGACUUGAUUCUUGCCAGUCCGCUGGGCCUGCGAACCAUCAUGGAUCAGGCAGAUGUCAAAAAACGAGACCACGACUUCUUAUCCUCCGUCGAAGUGGUUAUCGUUGACCAUACUGAUGCACUACUUAUGCAAAACUGGGACCAUGUUUCCUACAUUUUGAAGCACCUCAAUCUUCAGCCGAAGGAAGCUCACGGCUGCGACUUCAGUCGCGUUCGAACAUGGUACUUGGACAACAAUGCUCGAUAUGUCCGACAGCUGAUCCUACUCUCCUCCUUCAUUACCCCCGAGAUCAACUCCGUCUUCUCGACACACAUGCACAAUGUCUUUGGAAAGGUUAAAUUGAACCCUAUCUAUAACGGAGCCAUUGCAGAGCUGCCGCUCCCUGUUCCCGUGAAGCAGACCUUCACCCGCUUCGACUGCCUCUCACCAACCAAAGACCCAGAUGCUCGAUUCAAGCACUUCACCACCACCAUUCUAUCCACUUUAGUACGCAACAUCACUACCAGCCGCAACAGAGCCAGCGCAGGGGGCACUCUUAUCUUUAUUCCGUCCUACCUCGAUUUCGUCCGCCUGCGCAACUACUUUGCCACAUCCCAGCAAACGACCAACGUCUCCUUUGGAGCGAUAUCCGAAUACACCGAACCCCGGGAAAUCAGCCGCGCACGGUCUUAUUUCAUGACUGGCCGGCAGUCGGUGUUGCUCUACACCGAACGACUGCAUCAUUUCCGACGUUUCCGGAUUCGUGGGGUCAAGCGGAUCAUUAUGUACGGUAUGCCCGAUAACCCGAUCUUCUGGGGCGAGAUUGUGGGUUUCCUAGGCCUGGACCCGGCCGGCGUUGUUGAGGCUGCUGAGGGAGGAGUUCGCGCGUUGUUCUCCAAGUACGAUGCGUUGAAGCUGGAGCGCAUUGUUGGGACGAAGAGGGUGGGGAAUAUGUUGCGCGAGAAGGGUGGUGAUACAUUUACUUUCAUGUAG